AACAAAAUGGAGGAACUUAUUGAGCGACAUAUGGAAUCAAUGACGGAGGAGAUCAAUGAAAUGAGAAGAACAAAACUUUUCACCUUGGAUGAAACUAGGGCAAUAAUGAAAAAACGGAGACACUUUGAAUGUAAAAUAAAUGGAGUAAUGAAGAACUUGCAGGAUUUCAAGGACUACAUUCAGUAUGAAAAAAUUUUAUUGAGAGAUAUUAAGUUAAGGAGAAACAAGUUACGAAUUGCAGACAAGAAAAAUAGCAUAGAGUUCAAGAUAUUGAAGAGAAUAAAAUAUUUAUAUGAGAUAGCUCUACAAAGAUUUUCCAACGAUUUCCAAUUGAGUUUAUCUCAUUUCAAGUUUUGCAAGGAAUCAAAAUUUGAUCAACCUGCUUCACUUGUUAUUCAGAACAUGAUCAAGAACUUUGCAUACAUUCCAGAAGUCUGGCAGGUAGCUGCAUCAUGGCAUGUCCAAAGAGACAUUGGCCAAGCCCUCAAUGUUAUUCAUAAAGGUCUAACAAUUCAUCAGACAUCGGAAGUCCUUUAUUCCGAAGCUAUUCAGCUGGAGCUUAUGAAUAGAGAAAAAGACGACUGGUCUGAUGGUUCACAAGUUCAAAAUAAAGAUGAGUUGUGUUCCAAAAAGAUUGAAACUUAUGUGGAAUCUAUAUUCAAAAACGUUAAUGACUACCAAUUCCUUUUGAAGGUUUUGAAGUUGUUGGAACCUUACAAUUUCACUAAAUCUGUUCAGAACAAGAUAAUAAAUUGGCUGCUACAACAUUUUUCUGAUGAAGAACAAGUUUGGCAUACUUUGGCUCAGAGAGAGAAAAAUGGUAUCAAGGAAGCCCGAAAACAAUAUAGUCUUCUAGCAGUUGAAGAGCCAUAUUGCAAAGAACUCCAUGCAACAAUGGCUAAAAUAGAAUCAGCAGAAAUAGACUUAGAUGUGAAAGAAUUAGAAACAGUCUUGUUAUUAUCAUGUAAACAGUUCGGCAGUGAAGAUGCCGAUGUUUGGAUUAGUUUGAUCAGGUGUUACUUGGAAUACCACAAAAUGUGGGAGGAACUAGAUCAGAAUUUUAAUGUCAAUGAGAAGGUGUUACAAAUCAAACAAGAUGCAGAAUACCAAUUGUCCCAUAGUGCUUUAUUAUUGGCUGAUUUCAGAGGGAAAUAUGAUGCUUUGAGAAGUUCUGUUGAUUUCUAGAGAGGAGCUGACUUAUGAUCCCAAGACAAAAAUAUCAAGUAAUAUAGAAAUGUGAAGACUUGGAAAAUAUUAAUUUUACAUUAAUAAUAUAUUUUAGAGGUUGAACUGGUUUCCUUGAAAAUGAAGAUAUAGAACUCAGAUUUACUUUCAUGUCAGAGUCUCAUCACAUAUCGGGAUAACAAUUCUAGAUUAAAGUUUUAAUAUAAAAGAAACUGUAUUGUGCAUGAAACGAAAUACUAUAAUUACCUUUCAACUAAACAUGUUAGUUAAGGAGUUUGUUUCCUGAAAUCACAAUAAGCAUCCCUAGUUUCUUGAGUUGGUAUGCCAUCAAGUGUUUUUUUGUCACCAAAUUUUCUUUAACAUCAACUUUCUUUUAUUAUAUCUCAAAUCAAAUUGUUAACUUAUUAUUUUGCAUAUAAACAUUUUUGUUUAAAUAAAAUAAACAUUGUUUGAAUGA